AUGUGAGCUGUUUCCGGCCGGACGGGCUCGACUGUGACACGCAGCGGAAGUGGAGCCAUUGCUGUGUGUCGUGGCUGAGAGCGGAGUUUGUCCACUUGUUUCUCCGGUGUUUCCUCAUUGAUCCCCGUUGGACUGAACCGCGCUUGUCUGCACUCGCUGGAGAAUUCCACGGCCUGGAUAUGUCCUUCAUAUUUGAUUGGAUUUAUAGUGGUUUCAGUAGUGUUUUACAGUUCUUAGGGCUGUAUAAGAAGUCUGGAAAAUUAGUAUUUCUUGGCCUGGACAAUGCUGGCAAGACGACGCUUCUCCAUAUGCUCAAAGAUGACAGACUGGGUCAACAUGUGCCAACCCUACACCCUACUUCAGAAGAGCUGACGAUCGCCGGCAUGACCUUCACCACUUUCGAUCUGGGUGGCCAUGCUCAGGCUCGACGGGUGUGGAAGAACUACCUCCCCGCCAUCAACGGCAUCGUCUUCCUGGUGGACUGUAUUGAUCACGGCAGACUGGCAGAGUCCAAAACAGAACUUGACGCACUAAUGACAGACGAGACCAUCGGCAAUGUGCCCAUCCUGAUCCUGGGAAAUAAGAUUGACAAACCCGAGGCCAUCAGCGAGGAGAAGCUGCGGGAGAUCUUCGGGUUGUACGGUCAGACGACAGGAAAGGGUAAUAUUCCUCUGAAGGAGCUGAACACGAGGCCUCUGGAGGUGUUCAUGUGCAGUGUGUUGAAGAGACAGGGCUACGGCGAGGGCUUCCGCUGGCUGUCUCAGUACAUCGACUAAACACACACACACACACGUCCAGCAGAGAGCGCUCCAUCAUCCUACAGACUGUUAAUCUUCAGUUCAUCACCGUGUUCACACACACACACACACACACACACACACACACACACACACACACACACACAGCUCAUUCUGCUCCAGCACUCUCUCUGUCAUUCAGCCUUUCUGCUCCUCAUUCAGUGUGUGUGCGUGUGUGUGCGUGCGUGUGUGUGCGUGCGUGUGUGUGCGUGCGUGUGUGUGCGUGCGUGUGUGCGCGUGUGUGUGUGUGUGUGAACAGCUGACACACUAGUCAUAUUCGCCAAACAGGAAGUGCUUCAGCUCACUUCCUGUCCGCUGUGGCCACAGUCCUCGGGCUUAAAGAUGAAGUUGUGACUGUGUAUGUGCAGUCCGCUGAUGUGGCCGUCCUCUCACACACACACACACACACACACACACACACACACACACACACACACACACAUCUGUCUCUCCCCUCCAGUUUCUGUUGUUUUCCAAAAAAAGAUAAAACAAAACAAAAACAAACUGUACUGCCACACACAGACGCUCGCUCACACCUGCUGUAACACACACACACACACACACACACCAGUAGAUGUUCACUCUUUCUUUUUUAAUAUGACGUGGAAUUGAAGAUUUAAGGCACGGCAAUAAACCUCAGUGUAUGAAAGAAGAAGAAACCAAUCAUUCCUGACCACAAGUGUCUCCAGAGGGACUCACGCACACACACACACACACACACACAGUGAACUGCCCAAUAACAUGAUAAUCUAGUGGACACACACACACACAGAGAGAUGUGGGACAGAGCUGGCGUUGAGCAGAACUCCAGCAGGUCAGCUGAUGAUCAUGGGCCGAGUGUAAAUGAUAGAGAUGUCAUGUCUGAUUUUUAAAGCUGUCCUCCAAUAGCUCUUAAUUUGAAUAAUAUGGGUUAAACACAUUAUGCAUGCCUUGUUCCAUGAUUAUUAUUAUUAUUAUUAAUUUUUAUUAGUUUUUUGUCAUCUUUUUUUUUUAAAUAAACACAAAUAACCUAGAGUAAAGUCAUCAGAUGAGAGUCUUCAGCUCUAUAAAUCUAUAUAAGUCUGCAUGGAGCAGCGGUGGAAUGGCCACACACACACACACACACACACACAUCAGUGCUUUUAUUUUCUGGACUGUCCCUCCAUGUACUCUUGUCAUUCCAGCUGUUCCAUCGAGGAGAGAUGCCGAUGUUUCCAUCAGAAAUUGUAAUAAAUGUUUGCAAUGAAA